ACGAGAGUGAUCAGGCACGCUUGCACACAGCUGCCUACACUGGUAGCUAGCCCCGGCUAGCUGUAUAUAAAGAUCGCUUAUGUACACUGCCAUAAUCAACAUUGCAUUCGAGCAAAGCAUUGCCCUGCCAUCAUACUAAACUGCUAGCUAAUCGAUCGCUAGCUACUUGCUGUUCAGCCAUCACCUAAUCAUUGGCCAGCUAUUUCUCCGCUGUAUUGAUUGAUACAAAGUUGCAAGAGAGAUCGCUAGCUAUACCUCUUUCUCUGUAUUAAUACGUACGAGUAAUCUUUGAUUUGGUGCGUGACCCAGAUCGACGGAGAGAUAAUAAUGGCGCCUAACGGGGACGCAGUGGUCGCGGCGGCCGCACCGGCGCCGAAGCCGAAGCCGGCGCGGCGGCAGUCGAAGCCGAGGAGGAUAUCCAUGGAGGGGCUCCAGCGCGCCAUGUCCGACCUGGCCCUGGAGCUGGCCAGGGACAGGAAGGCCGCCGACGCCAAGCCGGCGACGCAGCAGCAGCUGCUGCCGGCGAUCACGGAGCAGCAGCAGCAGGUGGAGGAGGCGCGGUGCGAGUGCUGCGGCAUGCAGGAGGAGUGCACGCCCGAGUACGUGCGGCGCGUCCGGGAGCGCUACUGCGGGCGGUGGGUGUGCGGGCUGUGCGCGGAGGCCGUCAACGGCGAGGCCGACAGCCGCCACGGCGGCCGCACGGAGGAGGCGCUGGCGGCGCACAUGGCCGUGUGCGGCCGCUUCAACCGCGUCGGCCGCGCCAACCCCGUGCUCAUGCAGACGGAGGCCAUGCGGGAGAUCCUCAGGAAGAGGUGCAGGUCCAACAGCCCCAGGGAUCACGCCCCUGCCGGCGCCCUCGCCAGGAGCUCCAGCUGCAUCCCGGCCAUUACAAGAGACUUGGCUUCUUCUUCUUCUUCUUCUUCUUUGGGUGCAUAAAAGCUUCAGCUUCAUCAUUAGCUAGUAGCUCAGCAUGGAUGGGCUUGUAUCUUUUGUAGUAUAGCAUGUAUCAACAUGGCUAGUUAAGCUUGUAAUUUGUGGCAUUUUGCUAGGUGGAUAGCUGGAUAUCUUUUGGUUUCAUUAGGAGAUCAAUUUUUUUCGUGGCUUUGUACUACGUUUUGGUUGUACUAUACACACAUAAAUAUCAAAUACUGAUGAAAACUUGUGAAUUUCCAAUC